UGAAAUGAACUCCAGGCUACUAAGCCUUGUAAUUGAUAGCGAAAUUGUGAGAACUACUAAGCAAUUGGGCGAUUUCAAAGCCCCAUGGUAUUUUUUAUCAAAAGCAUUGGCAUAUACUGGGAGGGGAGGUUUGCAAAGUGGUCCAGAAAUUCUUUGCAGAAUAAGUGAUGUCCACGGAGGUGAAUAG